AUGCUUUUCUCCAAGCUCUCCCUCGCCUUUGCGACCAUCGCUGCCGUGGGUUCUGCCUUGGGUCAGGGACAGGAGUACUCCCACCCCAAUGCCACCUCUGGUCCCGAUGAGAAUGGCAAGUACGAGAUCUCUGCUGAGGGGAUCCGCGCCCAGUUCAUCCCAUACGGCGCCUCCGUCACGAAUCUGUUCAUCCGUGACAAGAAUGGCGUGGAACGGGAUAUCGUGCUGGGGUUCGACAAUGCGAGCUUCUACUCUGUGGAUCCCUUCCAUCCUCAUCUGGGAGGUGUGCCUGGGCGGUAUGCGAACCGCAUCAAAAACAGCACCUUCAAUAUCGAUGGGGUGGACUAUCACGUUACCCCCAACGAGAACAACGGGAAGAACACUCUGCAUGGAGGAAAAGACGGAUGGGACUUCCGCAACUUCACCGUCGUCUCCUACACCCCCGACUCCAUCACCUUCUCCAUCGUCGAUCCCGACGGCAAGGAAGGCUUCCCGGGAGAGGUCAUCAGCUACAUCACCUACACCGUCAGCCCCAACACGUGGCACAUCAAGAUGCUAGCCCUCUCCACCACCAAGAAGACCCCCAUCAUGCUCAGUUCCCACGCCUACUGGAACCUCGACGGCUUCGCCAACCCCGCCACCCCAACGACGCUCAACCACACGCUCUCCCUGCCCUACUCGGGCCAGCGCGUCUCCGUCGACGGCAUCCUGAUCCCGGACGGCGACAUCCUGGCAAACACAAAGUACUCGGUCAACGACUUCUGGUCCUCCCCCAAACAGCUGGGCGCCAACCUGACGGCCCCCGAACUCAAGGGCAACUGCGGCACCAACUGCACCGGCUACGACAACUGCUACAUUGUGAAUCGCGCCCAGUACGGCAGCUACGAUUGGCGCAACGAGCGGCCCGUGGCGAGCCUGGCGAGCGACUUCUCGGGCAUCCAGCUCGAUGUGUACACGGACCAGGACGCGUUCCAGGUGUACAACUGCAUUGGGCAGAACGGAACCCUCCCCAUCAAGUCCACCCAAGGUCUCGACGGCCGCCCCCGCGUCGUCGAGCAGUACGGCUGCGUUGUCCUCGAGGUGCAGGACUGGAUCGACGGCAUCAAUCACCCCGAGUGGCAGCGCGAGAAGAAGCAGAUCUUUGGGCCCGGGGAUGCGCCCUAUGUGCUCGAGGCCAAGUAUGUGUUUUCGGUGAAUAAGUAG